AUGACAAUGCUCAUCUACUGGUCAAUAUUAAUAAUCAUUAUUGGAAUUUUAUUCUAUGUGAUUCGAUCUGGAUAUAGGAAAAAAGAAGUUCGUCCGUCGUCUCAUAAGAAAAGACGUCAUUCGUCAUCUCAUAAACAUGAAUUUGGUAAAUGGACGCCGGUCGAUUUUCGAGCUCCCUCUCCACCUCCCUACCCAGAUUGGUCGAUUGAGACAACAAAACCAUUGCCCUAUCGUCCAUUUAAAUAUGGACCUGACUACUUUGUUACCAUGGGUCUUCGUCGUCUUGAUUUGGACGAUUGGAUCGAACUUGAUAAUCAAUGGACACGGUUUCAUGAAGAAAAAAAAGCUCGUUUAGCCACUGAACGAGCUUCUCGUCUAUGCAAGACAGCACCUGAAGCGCAAGAUGCCGCACUUGAAACCAUGGAACUACUGAGCGAAUAUUUAGUCUGCCGUUAUCCAUCAUUGUUCGAAUUCGAUUUCAGUAGUGAACACAAACAAAUUCGAAUCAAAACAACAGGAGAAUUGUACCCUAUUGAGUCGGACGAUCCUCUGAAAUAUGCCGGACUUCUUAUUCAAGACGAUCUAGCCUUGAUGAUUGAAGGCCCGGAUGGAAAAUAUUAUCUUAAAGCCGGUUCUAUUAUUCUUCCUGGAUUUUGGCGUCUCGAAGAUAAAUUUAAUAUGCCUCUGGCUCAGAUUCAUAUUUCAGGAGAUGUACCUAAAUUUAAAGAGAAAUUACAGUUCAGUAUGGAACGAUUCUUUCAAAAAUUGACACCUGAAAGUUCAGUCAUUCGACAUAAUUAUUUUAUUCAAACAGAUGAACAUUUAGCUUGGUCCGAGUCGAUUGGACCUGAAGAUGCGUUCGGUAUUGGAUGGGACAAUGCACAACCAGAUCCUCCUAUUGAAAAGAUGCAUCUUCGUAGUGAGAGACAAACAUUACGACGAUUACCACGUAGUGGAGCCAUUCUAUUCACCAUUCGCCCAUAUUUUAUUCCCAUCAUCGAGAUUGCCGAAGAACCAGACGUUCCCGGACGAUUAGCUUCAGCUAUACGAAGUUGGCCUGAAGAUGUAGCACGUUACAAAGGAAAAAAGGCCUACGAAUCCGUUUUGUUGAAAUAUCUUGAUGAAAAACAUGCAGAGCAGUGCGCAAAUGGUUUGGACAUCGCUAAUACAAGAUCGUAUCCUUAUUAA